AUGGACAAGGACAAGGCGGCGAGUCUGUUUGGUGUGCAUGAUUAUGUUGGUGGAAAGUCUGAACAUGGAUUAUCACAAAGCGACAUGAGAGAAGCCCCUGUUUCUGACGAUGUGUAUCACGAGAAAGGCCUACGAUUUGACAUGGAAACACGAGAGAGCCUACGUCGAGAACGGCUGCAUGGAUACCAUGAGGUUUACGCAAAAGAAGCAAUCCUUGAAAGUAAUGAGGACCAAACCGGGCCAAGCAUUUGGGAUACUAGGGAUGGGCGGCAAUUUGUGGGCUCUUUUCUCGAGCCAGUUUCAAGACGAGCAACAAAAGGAAAAAAGGCAUACAUCCGAAGGAAACUGGGUCUCGGACGACGAUGGUCUUGGCUAUCAGGCCAGUUGGCAUGUCUCGCAGCACACCUUGUUACAGCGUGA